AUGGCGACUUCUUCGACUUCUUCCUCCCACCAAGAUAACCCACAAAAGGUCCAAUUCCCGUUGGACUCCGCCGCGUACAAAGACCUCCAAGAAAUCGGCUCUGGCGACAAGGCCGUCGUCGUCUACAAGGCCGUCUGCGUCCCCAUGAACUCUGCAAUCGUCGCAAUCAAGUCCGUUGACCUCAAUCAAUCCGCGGCCGAUUUCGAAAGCAAGCUACGCGAUACCAAGACUCUGUCUCUUUUCCCACCACAACAUUCUCAGCGACCAUUGCUCCUUCACCACCGCCGACCGCCGUCUCUGGGUGGUUAUGCCUCAGGAACAAGUCCAGGCAACAUCAAACCCGGAAACAUCUUGGUUGACUCUGAUGGGUCUGUUAAGCUGCGCCAAUUUCGGGGUCUCUGCUUUCUUUCUUUCUACGGCGCCGAUCAUUCAACUGGGACAAACGACACUUCUGCAACGCCGUAUUGGGUGGCGCCCAACGGAGGUGGAUGCAAGGCGGAUAUCUGGGCAUUUGGGAUCACGGCUCUGGAAUUGGCUCUCGGCGGCCCUCCCGUGUCUGACCUGCCGCCGUUUUUAGAGUCUCAGAUUCUGAAGGUCAAGAACAGGUUCCCGUUUUCCGAUUACAAAAACAUCAUCAAAGAUUUCAAGAACAAGAAGUACUCAGCGGAUUUCAAGGACUUGGUGCGUUCUUGCCUUGAUCGGGACCCGGAAAAGAGGCCUGCGGCGGAGACGCUGCUGAAGCACUCGUUUUUCCACAACUACAGUGGCAAGGAUUUUCUGGUGGGGACUGUGCUUCCGCAUUUGGAGAGCGUUGAGGAGAGGUUCAAGAAAAGAAACAGGGGUUUGGGUGACUUGUUGGGCAAGGAAAAAUAUGAACUAAGGGCUGAGAAUAUGGGGUUUAGCGGAUGGAAUUUCAAUGAGAACGACUUUGUUUUCAACCCGGUUUUUUCCACUGAGUCGUCUUCUACUUCCAGCUCCGAGUCUUCUGGCGGAGGCAAAUCCCCGCUGUCAAUAUUUGCAACGAGGUUGGCAAAGCAUUUAGAGAUUGUGGUGAUGAUUAUUGAUCUGUUGAAGGGAGCAGUUGAGGUGAGCACACAGGAUCAAGUAGAGAUUCAGAGGCUGAAGGGUGAGUUGGAGAUCAAGAAGGAAGAUAUUUUGCAGUUUCAGGAUAACUUGGAGAGGUUUGUUUUGGACCUGGUUAUUCCAGCUUCCUCGUCUUCUACUUCCAGCUUUCCGGCUGAGUCUUCCAACCGCGGCAAUGCACGGCUGGUGGAAUUGCAGGAAAUUGCAAGAAAUUUGGCCGAGCAGAUGGAGAAUGUGCAGAGCAUUAUUGGUCAGUUGGGACAAGCAGAAGAGAUUCAGCUGCUGAAGAGUGAGUUGGAGUCUGAGUACGACAGAUGUGUGAACUUUCAGGUAGAGUUGGAGGUGAUCAUGCAAAAGUUGUACACUGAUGAAAGUGAUUAG